UAAACAAAUACUUUUAUUGUAAUAUGCAACCCGCAAUCGCGCUGAUGUCCGGCUUCCCUCUCUAGGUCAAGCAGUGCUGACUGGAGGGCGUGUCCGGCAACGACAUCGGGCGCACGAACGUGCCCGACAUAUACGUCGCCUUCAGAUACGAAACGCUGAUCGACGAGCUCUCCAAUAUAUUCAAGCCGCACUCCAAGUUGGGCGGGAACGCACCCGCUUAAUAGGGUUUCCGGUCUUAUGACGACUAACAGCUACACCUAGAUGUAAUUAACGUUUUACAUGUAUACAUGUAGAUACUAAAUAUAUGGUAUAAAUAGAAUUGUGUGUUAAUUAAUUAAUUUUUUUUUCUCGUAUUUCAAAUGUCUUUUACCCCCUGUUGACUGACAGAUUUCAAAUAUUUGUCAUACUUGACAAUAUAUAUAUAUACUAUAUAAUACUCAAAACUUUUAAGCACUUUUAAGCCUAAACAAACACUUAUAUAUAUUACAUAUUGAUAAUAUUAAAAAACAGCAAAAGGUAUGUGGUUAAGUUGGUUAAGUGGAGCAAUUGUAACUGCAAUACUUGUAAUCGGCCGAUAUAUCAAAAAGCGUCACGCACGCAUGCGCAGACUCCCAAAAUGGAGUGUAAGAAGAGUACCCACGAUAUGGAUGACUGUACUGAUUUUUCUCAUUAUGGCACUAAUUUGGAUAUUCCGCAGAAUUAAACGUUGGUACUAUGGCGUGGGUGACGGUGAAGAAGUGGUUCAGGUGAUCUUCGAAAGCGAAACUGAAGAGGAUCCACACUCAGAUUCAGAUACGCCAGAGGAAGAUGAGCAACAGCCAGAAACAGAAGAAACUUAAUUCCACUUAUUAUAUACCUGUACCUACAUAUAUAACUACUUUAUACUUGACCAAAUACAUUCUAAUAAAUAUUUUUAUAACUAAA